AUGUCCAAAGCAAUUCCAUCAGGACUAGUCAAAGAAGCGCCGCUCGAUCUUGCUCCUUACGAGGAUCUGUACAGAUGGUUUCACAGCCACCCAGAACUCUCAUUGCAGGAGCAGCAGACAUCCGACAAGGUCGCCGCCCAUCUCGCCGGUCUGAAAGAGUUUGAGAUUCAUCAGCACAUCGGCGGCUAUGGAGUAGUGGGUGUUUUACGAAAUGGUCCCGGCAAAACCAUCAUGUUGCGAGCUGAUAUGGACGCUCUGCCUAUCAAGGAGAUCACCGAUCUCCCAUAUGCCAGCGAGGUGACCAUGGCCAACGCUGAAGGCGUGGAACAACCUGUCAUGCAUGCCUGUGGACAUGAUAUGCAUAUGACCUGCCUUCUUGCCACCGCGGACCUACUCUCAGGAAUGCAGCAUGCGUGGAGCGGCACUCUGAUCGUUCUCUUCCAACCCAAUGAAGAGCGGGGCGGUGGUGCUCAGGCGAUGGUGGACGAUGGCCUAUACGCGAAGAUUCCGGUGCCGGAUUAUAUCUUUGGCCAGCACGUUAUGCGUCUGCGUGCCGGUACAAUUGGAUGCCGACCGGGCACCAUCAUGGCCGCAGCAGAUAGCAUGAGGAUCACCGUCUUUGGCCGCGGAGGGCACGGCUCUCUACCACAUCAGACAGUGGACCCAGCCGUUCUGGCAGCACAUAUUGUGGUGCGACUGCAGGGUAUCGUCAGCAGAGAGGUGGAUCCCAGCGAUCUGGGAGUGGUCACCGUCGGCAGCCUUCAUGUUGGACAAGCCGAGAACAUCAUAGCCGAUCGAGCGGAAAUUGGACUCGAUUUUCGAACAGUCAAACUCGAGACUCGACAGAAAAUCUUGGCGGCUGUCCAGCGCAUCGUGGAAGCUGAAUGUCAGGCAAGCGGUUCACCUCGGCCGCCAAUCUUCACACCGACGCGGCGGUUCCCUCCCACGGACAAUGACUCCCAGCUCGCAGCAGAGCUUGCUACAUCGUUUACGCAGCAUUUUGGUGAAAACUUUGAUGGUGAUAUACCCCGAACCAACGUGAGCGAAGACUUCUCCAAUUUGGCUCGGUGCAAAGAUCUUCCAUGCUGCUUUUGGCUGGUUGGCGGAAUUGACCGUGAGUUGUGGGAUCGUGUUAACCAAGAUGUGAAUUCAACGGAGGACAUUCCUAGCAACCACUCGGCGCGCUUUGCACCAGUCAUUCAACCCACCAUGAAGGUUGGAAUUGAUGCGCUUUGUGUUGCGGCGUUAACUUUCCUUCAUAAGUAG